GUUUAUUUACACAAAGACAUAAGUAAAUUUAAAACAUUUAAAACACGGACACGAUUAUAUACACAUCACAAACACAUAAACAAUAUUAUACACUUCACACAAACAUUACACAAACACAAAGAAUUGUCUCUAAAGAACAAACAUAUAUUUAUGUUCAAAGCUAAGCCAAUGAAAUCAAUUCAAUUACAUAAACAAUCUAACCUCAACACACACUCAUACCAAGCUCAGAGAUGUCGUCCAAGGCGGCCGCCGCCGUUUCUCCGUCAUCUUCAGCCGCCGGAAUUUCUCCUUCAGCUCGAGAAGCAUCGUCCAAUGAUUGUUUCCUUCACAUAGCUACCAAAAUCCAUUGAUUUUGAUGAGAGGAGGUGCUGGCGUCGAUGUGCUGCCGGAAGAAGAAAGAAACGAUGAAGGGGGAGAGAGGAGAGAGGCUGGGGUUGCAAUUUCACGUGAG